AUGAAAUAAUUUUUUUUAAAUGUUUAUUUAAUGUUUUAUUUCUGUUAUAGAAGAACAAAUCAGUAUUGAUUUUACGAUAACUAUUAAUUUUACAAUAAUAAUUAUUGUUCCAAAUGUAAAACUUCACAUUAAACAAGACCAAGAUAUAUAAUAAUGAUAAUAAUAAUAAUCUCAUCGUAUGUUAAAUACGUGCAAUAAAAAAGAAAAUCACUAAAAUGAAUAUUUUAGAUGCUACUAUGAAAGAGAAAAGACAUUCUAUUUUAAUUGGUUAAAAUAUUUUGCUAAUCCGCAAGAGUACUUUAUUAAAAACUCAACUCUAAUCCUAAUAUUUACAUAAAGACAAAAAUAUAAUCGCAUUACUUAUUAUUACUUAUUUAUACAAAAAUACCGAAAGCUACGAAUCGAGAAUAUUGUGCUGCAUAAUUGUGAUAGAGGUCCAGAAUUAUUAUAAGAACAAACGUUAGCAGUACUUAUGAGCAUAUACUAAAGCAUGAAGUUUUUAACACUGAAUUUCAUUAGAUAUAUCUAAUACAUUAACAUGUUAUUAUAUACAUACUACUGAUAUUACCUAUAUUGAAAGAUUAUCAAGAUAAGUAUGAAUUGUUAUGAGUUCAUAAAAAAAUUGUACAUAAUCUAGUUAUCAUACAGUAUUAAAAAGUAAUAAUUAGUAAUAGAUUCUAGUAGAUGAUUUAUGCCUUAUAUUAGACAAACAAAUAAAUAUAUUAUUUCCUCUCUAUUUUGUAACUUUUUAAAAUUAUAUCCUUACAAGACAAACAUUUGUAAUCAUUAUAAUAUUAACAUUCUUAUACUUUUGUGUUUAUUCAUUGUCAUACGAUUGGUGUUUACCUUUUUAACGUUUACUUCUUAAAAUUCUAACAUGUACAAAAACACAUGUAAAAAAUAUGUGUUUUCAUUAUGUUGUCCUUAAAUAUUAAGACAGAUAAAAAGAUUGUUCUUGUAUAAUAUAUACAGUAUAAAAAUGGCUUCACCUCAAAAAUUAGCAACCAAAUUUUAUAAAAUUUCACCGCAGAUAUUAAAAAAUGAUAAAAGAACAUAUUUAAGUCCAAGAACUCCUAUGAAAAAUGUUUAUGAAAAUAACAUUGAAACUAAAAACCAAUUAUCUCCUUUUAAUAUUGAUACUCCCAACCGACAAAAAAUAUUAAAAGAUGGUCUUCCUAUCAAAUGCGGUACAUUUCUAGGAAGCGGCGGAUUCGGUAUUGUAUAUAAAGCUUUGUAUAAAGGUGAACAAGUGGCAGCUAAAAUGAUACAAACAGAAAAAUAUUCUAAUAUGUUAAACGGUGAAAAACAUGCUUCUUUCCUAAGACAUUCCAAUAUAGUAAAAGUGCUAAUGAUAGAACAAGGUGCUUCUUUGUCUUUAAUAACAAUGGAAUUAUGUGGCACUACCUUGCAAAAUCGUCUAGAUGAAGCAAUAUUAAUUAAAAAUGAAAGAAUUUGUAUAUUAAGAAGUAUAACUUGUGCUCUACAAUUUUGUCAUAAUGCUGGUAUUGUUCAUGCGGAUGUCAAACCUAAAAAUAUUCUAAUGUCCAAAAAUGGUCAACCAAAGCUUACUGAUUUUGGUAAUUCAGUGCUAAUAGAUGCACCAAAUGAAAUUGAUAAAUUUUAUGGCACACCAGGAUAUACUGCUCCAGAAGUUAUAAAACAAAAUAGACCAACUCCUGCAGCAGAUAUUUAUUCUUUAGGAAUUGUAGCUUGGCAAAUGUUAUUUAGAAAAUUGCCAUUUGCUGGACUGCAUAGUCACACAAUUAUUUACCUUUCUGCAAAAGGGCAUCGCCCUACAGAUGAUAAUAUUGAUGAUGAAUUUAAAGGUACUUAUAAAACAUUAUAUAAACAAAUGUGGUCACAAAAUACUACCGAAAGGCCCACAACCAAUGAAGUAAUAACUAAAAUUGAUACAUUAAUUUCUUCUUAAUGUUUAUUUCAAUUAUUAUCCUUAUUUAAUAGAAAUUUUUAUUGUUCUAUAGUAGAUACGUAUGAAUUAAUGAUCAAAUUUUGAUUAUAUAAUACAUAACAAAAGAAAUCAUCUUUUACGUAUCAGGCAUUUCUCCACCAGGUACAAGCUGUAACAAAAAUUUAUUAUAAAUGA